GGAGCCGCGUCGCUUCCGAUGAUUGGCCGACUGUGCGGAGAGGCGGGGCCGUUAAGCGUUGACGCGCCCUUUUCUUUGCUGUCGGACGCGGUAGAGACCAUGCAGGACUAUCAGAAUCUGCCAAUUGACAUACAGACUGGCAAAUUGCUCGACUGGUUGGUAGACAGGCGUCACUGCAGUCUCAAAUGGCAGGGCCAAGUCCGCACGGUCCGGGAGAAGAUUGCUGGGGCCAUCCAAGACAUGCCAGAGAAUGAGGAGAUCAAGAAACUUCUUGCUGGUUCUUAUAUUCACUAUUUUCACUGCCUGAGAAUUGUGGAGAUCCUUAAAGGGACAGAAGCCUCCACGAAAAACAUAUUUGGACGUUACUCUUCUCAACGGAUGAAGGACUGGCAGGAAAUUGUGUCACUUUAUGAAAAAGACAACACUUACUUGGCGGAACUGGCUAACCUUCUGGUGCGGAAUGUCAGCUAUGAGGUCCCCUCCCUCAAAAAGCAGAUCAGCAAGUGCCAGCAACUACAGCAGGAAUACAGCCGCAAGGAGGAGGAAUGCCAGCUAGCUGCCAUUGAGAUGAGGGAGCGUUUUUACAGUUCCUGCAAGCAAUAUGGCAUCACGGGAGAUGAUGUACGACGGGAGCUUCUGGCUUUGGUACAAGACUUGCCAUCCCAACUGGAUGAGAUUGGGGCUGGUGCCAAGGGCCUUUUGGAAGCCAUCGACCUUUACCAAGCAUGUGUGCAGUUUGUAUGUGAGAGUUCCACAGAACAGGUAGUCCCAUUGCUGAGGCACAUGCAGGCUCGGGGCAACACCACCAUCUAUGAGUGGAGACGGGGGGUCAAGCCAGCCUCGGUGGAACGGCCCAAGACGGAGCAAGCGAGGGAAUCGGUAGACCAGGAGGCGAUCGACUGGGGUGACUUGGGAGUGGAGUCUGUUCCUGAGGCAGUCGAUUAUGGCAUCUCAGUUGAAGAAGCUAGCGAGGAGAUAGAUUGGGGGAUUUCUCUGGAGGCGGAUGCACAGGAGAGUGAUGCCGCCGGCAUAGAUGGGGGAGACCGGAGUGCAGCGGACACAGCGCAGAUUGUGGUGCUGGAUGCUGGCAGCAAGGCCCCAGAAGGAACUGCCCGAGGACCUGAUGCUCUCAGCCUCCUGGAGACCCCAGAGACCCGUAACCAGUUUAUUGAUGAGCUGAUGGAGCUGGAGAUCUUCCUUUCCCAGCGCAUCGUCGAGACAAGUGAAGAGGCAGACAUCUUGUCCGUCAGCCAGUUCCAACUGGCCCCGCCUAUCCUGCAGGACCAAACCAAAGGGAAAUUGGAAGCCAUGGUGGCAGCUCUGCAAGAUCUGAUUGGCCGGAUGACUAGCCUGAGAAUGCAGCAUCUUUUCAUGAUCCUAGCCUCUCCAAGAUAUGUGGACCGUGUGACUGAACUCCUCCGCCAGAAAUUGAAGCAGGCAGAUUUGCUGCUCCUAAAGAAGGAGCUGAUGAUUCAGAAACGGCAAGAAGCCCUGGAGGAACAGGCCGCCCUGGAGCCAAAACUCGACCUCCUUGUGCAGAAAACAAAGGAAUUGCAAAAACUGAUCGAAGCCGACGUUUCUAAACGGUACAGUGGCCGACCGGUGAACCUGAUGGGUGCUUCCCUCUGAGCCCUCUCUUCGGCAGGCAGACACCCCCUCUGGGAUUGGAGCAGCGAGGCAUGAAUCAUAUCCUCAACCGAGGAUAAGGGAGAAGACCCAAGGAGUUCAAGCGAUCGGGAGAAAGGACUUGCCAAACCCUGAGAGUGAAGGAUGGAUAGCGGGAAGGAGUCUACCCUUUCCACCUAGAGCUGGAAGAGCAUUAGCAAAUCCCUGAGGGUUGAAUAAAUCUGCCUUCUCCUUUA